AUGCAAGAAAACAUACAAUCUCCAUGCACCCCUCCUCGUAUUUAUCAGAAUAAUAAUCAGCAAAAUGCUCGUCUAAAAUAAUGUACACCUACAUCUCUAUAAAAAAAUGUUUAAUCAAUGAGCACUAAACCUUUACAAGUAAUCCAAGCCAUAUCUCCAAAUUUAAAAGAGCCUAAAUAAGUAUAUAACAAAGCCUUAGACAGUGUAGCUGUAUUAGGAAACGAAUUUGAAUAAACAAUAAAGGCAUUCGAAAACAUCCAAGAAGAGCUCUAAAUGUGGCGCGAACGUUGCCAGAAUCUAACUUUGAAUUACGAAAAGUAAAGCCAAAAUGAUAAAAGUGCUUUAAAAGUGUUAAAAUAAUAACUUGAUGAGUCUAAUAGAGAAAUCGAAAAAUUAAACUGCAUUAUUGAUGAUUCUAAAUUAAAGCUUGAAUUUAGUCAAUAAAAAACUAAACUUUUGGAAAGAAAAUGUUAAGAUUAUAAUUAACUUGAAUAAAAAUAUGACUAAAUGAAGGCUUUGGCAAAAGACUAGGAAUAUAAAGUAAAAUAAUUAGAAGUAGUAAUUACUUAGCUUAAGGAAUAGGUUUAGAAUAAUGAAAUAGAAUAACAAGAGAAUAGCAAAAGAACGAAAAGAUAAUAUAAUACUUAUGAUUUAAUUGGGUAAUAUUAGAAAGAUAUUCAAGAUCUUUAAAAUUAAGUGUAAGAAAAAAAUGAUUUAAUAGAUAAAAUAAAUAAUCAAUUCGAAUCGUUUAAAAAUUUUAAUGGACAACUAGAAUAAGAAAACGGUUUAAUAAGAAAAAAAUACCAAGAUAUCGAAAAAGUUUUAAUAAAUAUAAAAUAUAUAAGCAAUUAAUUUAUUUUACCAAAAAAAAAAAAGUAAGUUGAUCUAAUACAUGAUGAAAUCGAUGAUGCUAUAAUUGUAGCUAAUUAAAUUCCUGCUUCUUAAUUUGAAGGAAUUCCUUAGUUAGAAAUUAUUCCUUAAAAGGAAUAAUCUUAAGACACUGAAAGAGUAAAAUGUGCCACAAGACCUCCUUCUUAAAGUAAAAAUUAGCAAUAAUAAUUUCGCACAUCUUCGUAAUCUAUAAGACACGAUAAUACUCGCUCUCCUUCUAAAUCUAAUCGAAACGAAGAAAACGAAGAAGAAAUUCGUUUACCUACUUAAUCUAUUCGCUCUUAAAGUUCUUAUUAAUAAAAUGAAUAAUAAGUAGAUUAUUUCAAAGAACCUUCUUAAUCUAUAAAAUCAUAAGAUUGUACAUCUCCUUAUAAUUUAGUAUAAUAAUUUGAUGAAGCAAAACAUGCUUCAUAAUUUAUUAGGUCUAAAUAAUAAUCUAGUAAUACUUAAUAGAUGAGCUAGUUUACUGAAAAUUAUAAUUGUUUAAAUGAAGAUUAAUAAAUUAAAGAUUCUUCAUAAUCUGUAAGAUCUUAAUAAGUUAAAUCUAUUUAAUAAAAUAAUAUUGAAUAAAUCAAUAAUUCUUCAUAGUAAAUAAAAUCUUAAGUUAAAUCUAUUGACCCAAGUUAAGAUUAGGCUUUUCGCCACGAACCUUCCUAAUCUCUUAGAAUGUCUUCAUAAUCUGUUAGAGAUUCUUCUUAAUCUGUUAGAGAUUCAUCUUAACCUGUUAGAGAUCCAUAAUAAUCUAUAAGUGAUUAUUCUUAAUAUGUAAGGGAACCAUCAAAUUCUGUUAGAGAAUAAUCAUAAUCUAUUCGCGAAUCAAAAUAGUCCAUAAGAGAUCCUUCAUAAUCUGUAAGAGAUUCUUAAUAUUAAGUUAGAGAUUCUUCAUAAUCUGUAAGAGAUUCUUAAUAUUAAGUUAAAGAUCCUUCAUAAUCUGUAAGAGAUUCUUAAUAUUAAGUUAGAGAUCCUCCUUAAUCAGUUCGUAAUUCUUAAUGUUAAGUAAGAGAAUAAUCAUAAUCAAUAAGAGAGCCAUAUUAAUUUGGAGAAAAUUCUUUACCUAUAAGAGAAUAAUCAUAAUCAAUCCGCGAAUCUUCCUAAUAUGAUUCUUAAUAUUAAAUAAGAGAUUCUUCUUAAUAAAUAAGAGAUACUUCUUAAUCAAUAAGAUAUCCUGCUUAAUCAAUAAGAGAAGAGUCUUAAUAAAUUCGAGAUACUUCAUAAUCAGUCCGUGUACCCACAUAAUCUAUUCGUGAAAUAUCCUAGUCAGUUAGUUCUCAAAGACCUCCUGCAGCAGAAUUAAACAUUGAUAAUUUUAGCAAUUAAUAAAUUCAAUACUAAGCAAUAACACCUAAAAAUGCAAUUAUAUAAAAUAAUACAGAUUAAUACUUACAUAAUUUCGAAUUCCAUAAAGGAGAAUUAGAAUUGGUAAAAUAGGAAUAUGAGAAUUCUAUAGCUCCUUUAAUAAAAGAGAAACAAAUUCUUUAAAACGAAAAAUGUAUGCUUGAAAAAAAAUGCGGAGAUUUCGAGUAUUAAAUUAAUUAUAUUGAAGAAGAAAAAUAAUAAACUAUAAGAGAAUUAAUGAAAGAAAAAGAAAAAAUUUAAAACUUUAGUGAAUUAGUUCUUUAGGAAAAAGACUUGGUUAGACAAGAAUUGAUUUAAGUUAAAUAUGAAUAUGCAAAGUAUUAAAGAGAAGAUAUUAAUUUAAAUAAAUAAAACGAGGAUUUAAAAUAUACCGUUACUGUUUAAAAUAAAGAUAUCGAAACAUGGAAACAGAAAUAUAAAACUCUUAAGAAAGAAAUAAAUGGAUUAAAAAAAUAAUUCGAAAAUUAUAAAUUUUAAGUUUUAAGCGAUAUAUAGGCUUAAUUUACUGAAAAAUCUUCGAAUUUCUAAUACGUUCUAUAAGCAAUAAAAAAAAAAUAUGAAGAAUAAGGAGAUUCAUCACUUACAAGUGCUAAAGAUAUGAUUAUUUGUAAUAAUAAGAAUAAAAAAAAUAAUCUUAGUAUUCUUAAAGGUUAAUAUGAAUAAGCUUUAGAUAGAGUUGUUAGUAAAUCUAAUAGUUAAUAUCAAUAUUGA